GUUCAAUGGAAGCGGAAACUCUUCUCCAUGGUGCCAUUUCUUGGAGCUUCAGUCCCCAGUGUCAUCUUCCCCACCGGACUCGUCUCCUCCGCCAAGCCGUCCGGGCUUCUUCUUCAAAUCCACGGGUACUUCAGCUUGAAUGACCGGAAUCCGAUUGCUUCGCUUGCUUGUGGAGUUAUGCGGUCUGAUUUCCUCUUCUCUGUAUUGCCGACGCAGUUGAAGAAAAGCUAUCAGGGGCCGAAGCCGAAGCAAGAUUUGAUACCUGACUGGGUGUCUAGGAACGACGACACCGUUCGAAGCUUGCCCAUAUACGUUGGAGGCGCUUCUCUCGUCGCCGUCCUCGUUAAUCGCGCCGUUUCCGGCAUAGCUCCAGUUGCAGAUGCCAGCAGUUCGCAGUCAAGAGCAGAUCUAUUGACACUUGGCUUGGCUGUGACCAGUAUACUGACUGGCCUGGUAUGGCUUACAAUCAAGCCAAAGACUAUCUCCGUGGUGAAUCCGUUAGGUGUGGAAUGUCGGAUGAUAUCGUCUCGCUUGCCUGACCCUUUAAUCGCAGAACUCUUAUGGGUAUGGGAGUCUCUAUCAUCGGUUACAUGCUGCAGGUCUCUAGUGGUUGUGUAUGAUCGUACUUGUAUCUUGCAAAUUGGAGUUGCAGCUGAGUCCUCUGGUGGAGAAGCACUGGCUGUGGAUGCUGCCAGGUUGAGUGAAGGUUCCGUUUAUCAAGGUGUUAUGAAGUCUGGAAGUCAAAGCUAUUUAGCAAACCUAUCUCUGUAUCCUGGGAGGUCAGAACUGCCAUUUUUACCAUCCAACACACAGGCAGUGAUCUUGCAGCCUCUCGGAGACAAAGGAAUUGUAAUUAUUGGAGGUGACAUGAUUAGGGGUUUCACAAAUGCUGAUCAGGCGUGGAUCACUUAUCUUGGAGAAAAACUGGAUGCAACAAUAGCCAAACAUACAAUUAGUGUAACCCCCUUGAAAAUCCAGGACAGAAUUUGAGACCAACUUGUUGAGCUUACUUGCCCUCCCUCGUCAUUCAUUUGCCACACCUACGGUUCAAGGUAACCUUCAGUUUAGCAUCUGUGCCAUCAUUGUUUGAUAUUCCUUAAUAGAUUGAACCUCCUACAUUCUACCUAAGCAUUUCCUUAGUAGCAGUAUCUCAUGAUUAUCUACUAAUUUUAGAUUAGGAUGCGGAUAGAUGACCCUCAAUAAGAAUAAAUAACUUAAGAGUUGAGGGUUAGAGGCAUGUAGUUCCCUUAACAUCUCUAAGAGGUUUCUGGAAUAGUCUGAUUGCUUAUAGUAGUUCAUGUUGAUGUCUUUAGGAUUAUGUUGCAUUAUUCUUCAUAUUGCAGAACCAAGCCCCUCUUCGAAAAGGAAUAUUUGAUCCGACCCGGCUGUCAGUAUGAGUGCUUCCAGAGUAGUUGUGUGAUGAACUUGAAUUUGUGUCUUCUAGUUCACAUGCCGAGCAAAAUAGUUGGUAACUGUUUUGGUUUCGUUCUAAUCUGUUUCAGUAUCCUGUUUCCAGGGUCUGCAUUUUGCAGCUUCGGGCUUUCUAUCAUUGCCGGGCAAUGGAACAAGGAACAAAAGAAUCGUUUCAUUUCAAUAUGUUUAAACCCUUUACAUGUGUAUAACAACUGUGUAAAAAUCCGCAUGUCAGAAGAAGCAGAGAGAUUUCCCCUCAAAAAAACAGGGCGGGAGGAAGAUAAUAACUCAAAAAAUUAAGCAAAGAAUCGUUUGCGCCGGUAUACCUCAAUACUCAAUCUGUGUGUUGUUUUACAUGACACUCCAAAACUUGUGGGGAACUUCCCGAUCAUCAGCGAGCAGAAGAAGAAGCAGAAGAAGAGCUCCUCUCCCAGGGCAGUAACCCAGUGGCCCCAUCAGCGAAAGUGUCCAACACAAAGUCCUUGAGACCAGUGUCCCAAACCUCGCAGAACCUCAGCCGCCAGUCCGGCGGCUCGACGGCCUCCGUCCCUAGUCCGGGCGCUCUAUCCUUGGACCCUUUGUUCUGAUCGUCUUGCCAGUUCGUCACGUAAGUCGACACCCUCCUGAAAAACUUGGCCUUGAAAGUGUCCCACACCUGGUACUUGUAGUGGUUGAUCACCGCCGUGGUCUCGGCCACAUUCGUCGUCCUGUACCCUUCCCGGAGCUUGAAGUGAUGCACGAUGUUCAGCAGCGUCACGUCCAGAAGGUCCGGCCGGACGAAUGACUUGUGCCUCUCCGGCGCCUGAACCCUACAAGUGUACCCAACCGUCACCCCUUGCUUUGGGGGUGCUGUGAGCCCCGACGGUCCGAAGCUGUGGCACAUUGUCCUUACCUCGGCGAUCGUGGGCGAGUCGGUGUAGUUCGAGACCAGAGCACGGAGCGAGUUCUGUCCUGGCAACUGGGUCUGGCUGCCGCGGUGCUGCCGUGGUAAGUAGAAGAACUCGUCGACGUCGAAGAACCCGACCCAGUUGCACUCGUACUUGGCUCUCAGUGCACAGUGCGAGAACCCUGCCUCCUGCGCUUUCACCCACGGCCAGACGUGCCUGGUGACGUUGUGGUUCAGGGAGUUGAGCUCGUCGGCGACGUCUUGUAGCCCAUCGUCGCUGUUAUUGUCGUAGAUGAACCACCGCUCCACCCCCAGCCACGAGUGGUACAUUACCCAUUCCUUGAGCACCGCCGCCUGGUUCCACAGCAUCGUGCAAGCGCAGAGCUCGUACUUCGCUUCCCCCUCCUCUCUCAUCCCGUGGGAUUUCGGGUUGUAUACUUUGGCCACCGAUGGCAGAGCAGGGGAGGCUGUGGCUACGCGGCUGACGGUGACGCGGAUUCCUUCAGCUAACUCGGUGUUGUUGUUUCGGAUGCUUCUGGGCAGCAAGCAGCGGACGACCUCUUGAGCUGCGGCGGUGGCUUCGGUAGUGAAGAUGAAGCUAUCCUGUUUGUUAAAAUGACUCAAAGAAAAAUGGCACCUGAAUUCUGCCGGAUUGACAUCCCUAUGCGGCUUCAGAUUCAGACCUUUCGCCAACACCACCACCGUAUUGGAAUCCAGAAUCGCCUCGUAGACCACCUUCCCCCAAUCGGGGACGGAGUCGGCACUGUCAUCAUCCGCCGUCUGAUUCACUGCGCUCCUCAUCCAGUUCCCUUCCACGACCUCACCGCCCGUACGGCGCAAAUCCGCGGCCGCGGAGAAAUUCACAGGCGGGAGCUCGCACCUCACAAUCGACUUGCUCUCCUGGUAAUCGUCCGCCGAAAUAGCCAGCUUCACGAGCAUCUCGUCGAGCACGUCGGCGGCGUCGCCGAGCUGGGGGUAGUAGACGCAUUCGAAGCUCUCCCCUCUUUGGACUCUGUUGGACAGGACGAGCAGCAGAUGGUCGGGCAGCAGAACCCGGCUCUCGAUAACCAAAGGAAGCGGCUUGCCGCCGCCGCGGAAGUAGUCGUCGGUGAGCAGGUUGGGGAAGACCCGGGUGAAGCCGGAGGCCCGGAGGACCGGCCGGAAUGGAGAGCGAUCUGAGCCGUAGAAGUAGAAGAGAAUGAAGAGAAACGAAGUUAUGCCGAGAGUGAGUGACCUGAAAGAGAGGAUGAGCUUCAAAGCAAUUUUCCCGCCGCUGUUGUUGACUCUCUUCCACUUCCGCCGCUGGUCGGAAUCCAUUGGCUAUAGCAACAGAUCCGGAGCCGUCGCCGACAGUGGGUGUUUCCGAGGAGUUCGGAGGGUGGGGAGAGAUUCUGGGUCGUCUUGUCGGGAGAAAAUGGUGGAGCACGCAAGGGUGUGAUAAUAAUGGCGGGGUUUAAACAAUGGCGGCCGGCCGUCAAAGGAGGCAGGCGGUGAGGAAUUGGCGAGUUGGGAGGGAGAAGAAUAAUUAAAAAGGAGAGAGCUAGCUGGGGAAGAAAGACGAAGGAGAGGAGAAGAAGAAGAAGAAGGGAAAGGUGACGCGAGAGUUAUGGUGCGUGGUGGUGACGUGACAAUCCUAGUUGUCCCUGUGUGUCGGAUGGGGAAUUCUUUUCCGUUUCUUUUUUUAGGAUGGUGCGCGUGGUGGUGACAUUUCAAUUUACCACAUACAUCGCACUCGUUUGAGGGAAUUAAAUGAGGGGUUUUAAUCAAAUCAUAAUUAAUUAUUGUCCAUUA